CUCUCUUGCCCAUGCCACCUAUAAACAAAAUGAAGGCGAGCAACGUGACUUUGGCAAACUGCGAAAAAGACUUUAUUCUUCAAUGCAUAAGGUCAAGAAAGCGUCUUGAUGGCCGUGAGACGUAUGAUUAUAGGAACAUCAAAGUGUCGUUUGGUGUGGAAAGAGGGCAUUGUGAAGUACAGCUUGGUAAAACAAGGGUUUUAGCACAAGUAUCCUGUGAGAUAACAAAACCAAAAGAAAACAGACAAACAGAGGGUCAAAUCUUCAUUAACAUUGAACUUUCUACUAUGGCAUCACCAGCUUUUGAGGCAGGCAGGAUGACAGAGUAUGGUGUGGAACUGAACAGAUUUAUGGAAAGAUUUUUUAUAGAAUCAAGAGCUGUAGAUAUGGAAUCACUAUGUAUUGUAGCUGGGGAGAAGGUGUGGUCUGUAAGGGUUGAUGUUCAGGUUUUGGAUCAUGGUGGGAAUAUUCUAGAUUGUGCAAGCAUUGCUGCUAUUACUGCAUUAAAACAUUUCAGACGACCAGAUGUGUCAGUCAUGGGUGAGGAAGUCACAGUGCAUUCACAUCAAGACAGAGAGCCUGUUUCUUUGAGUAUUCUCCACAUGCCUGUCUGUGUUACUUUUGCAUUUUUUGAUGAUGGUGAACUUCUGCUUGUUGAUCCAACUGACAAGGAAGAAGCAGUCAUGGAUGGUCAUAUGAUGAUGGCAAUGAACAUACACAGAGAAAUAUGUGGGGCUGUCAUGGGCGGUGGUGUAUCACUAGAGAUUGACCAGAUAGUUCGCUGCUCGAAGAUUGCUGUAGUCAAGGUGACAGAAAUUAUAGAGCUCAUUAAGAGUUCUUUGUCAGAGGAUGAAAAACAAAGGUUAACUGGAAAGAUUGGUGUCUUUGAAUCUACGAAAAAAAUUACUACAACAGUAGCUGAAACAACAGCAAUGGAUAUCACUGAGGCAGUCAAGACUGGUCAAGAGAUUACAAAUAACAACACUCCUCCAUCGCAAGAUAAUAACUUGCUCAGUAUCUGGCAUGCAGACAUUAAAGGACCUGGUACUGCGCAAAUUGGACAUGGAGGAAACAAUACAUGGCAAGAUAUGGAAGAAGAAAGUCACGUCAUUGAAAUUGAAUCUGAUGAAGACGUAGAAAAUGCUGUAAAAUCGGAACCAAAAAAUAAAGAACCAAGAACAUCAUCAGCCAUCACUAUUGAUGAUGACAGUGAAGAAGAGGAUGUAGUUGUUUUGACAUCAGACAGUAUAUCAGGCGUGAAGACAAGUUCCGAGAAAAUCCCAGACGAAGGUGUGGACUUAAUGGCUGCUCUAAAGAAACCAGCUCCGCCAACGGACUCCAUGAUGACAAGAUCUGCAAGUAAAAACAAAAAACGAAGGAAAAAGAAAACAUGAUCACCUUUGUAAGAAUAUUUAUCAUUAAAUGUUUUCUGUGAUGA